CUUCAAUCCCUACAGCAGUGCCAUGUUUCUUUUUCAGUGUCUGGAAAUAUUGCUAUUAUUGCUAGGUUUGUUUGCUCCUCUUCCCCUGUUGUUCUCUCUCCCACGGAAGCUGCAGGAACCCCGGUCCCACAAUGCCAUCUAUCCAGCUGCCACUGCUGCUCCUCUGCCUGACCUUGUGUGGUGUUUGCCUCAAUGGCGGGCAGCCCCUUCCAGAGGGAAGUGAGAACAAGGGAAGAAGUCCCCUGGAUGACAUCCUGCAGAGGUCUAAAAGCCUCAUUCUUCAGUCUGUCCUCAAGAAAGCUGAAAAGGAAGAAGAGAUGAAUAAAGAAUCAAAUGCCCCUCUGCCAGAAUGGCUUUCCAAAAGACAACACCCUGGGAAAAAGUACCUAAGUGACCUGGAGAAGAGACAGCAUCCUGGAAAAAGAGAUAUUGAGGAAGACACAUCUUAUGGAGACAUUCAGAAGAGGCAGCAUCCAGGGAAAAGAGAGAUAGAAGAUGACCUUGAUGGCUAUCUGGAGCUGAAAAAGCAACAGCAUCCUGGCAGAAGGUCAUUGUCGGAUCAGUAUGCUGACACUGCUAGUGCACAGCUAAACUAUUUGAAUAAGUUAUCCAAAAGACAGCAUCCAGGCAGGAGGUAUCUGAUGUACAGGCGCCAGUAUCCUAGCAAAAGAGGCUGGAAUGAUGAGCUAGACCUAAAUGACCAAUAUGGUGAGAAACGCCAGCACCCUGGAAAAAGGCACUGGAAUUCUGACAGCCCAGAUGAUGCAGGCCCCUGCAACUUUCAGGAGUCCUUCACCUGUAACAAAGGCAGCUUGUUACUUGAUUUAGUAGAAAAUGUUAGCAAAGACAGGGUAGAAGAAAAACGUCAGCACCCAGGAAAGAGAUCAGCAUGGGAGAGUGAAGCAGAGGAAUGAGAAAAUAAUUGUGUAUAAUUUGCAUUUGGUGAAGUAAAAUGCCAGAUCACUACAAAAUUCUGUUCACUCCCUUUUGGCUUCCUGUUGCUUACCUCUGCACCUAUCUUGCAGUGUGUUCAUGUUCCCAUUUAAGUUAAUGGCUUUGUCACACACCUAAAGUAAAGGAACUAAAGGACCCAGUUGAAUGGGACAGGGAGGUACUGAGGGUCUUCAAAUCCCUCACUUUAGGAAGUUAAGAGUGCUCAUUUCCUUAUGGGCCCAGACCCCAGAAUAAUCCCACUAUGUGUGUCCAAUUUUCUGUUCCCAAAUGACUAAAACAGGCUCUUAAAUAUC